AAUAGGGCCAAAAAAGCCGGAAGUGGCAAGCCAAUGAAAAAACGAAGAUUGGUCGGAGACCAAAACGAAAGCGAAAAUUGGAGGUGAAGGCUCUGUAUUUCUUUGGGACAUUUGGGUUUUUUUGUUUUUUUGUUUUUUUGUUUUUUCUUUUUUUCUGUUAUUUUAAAUGAUCCUCUUCUAUUUGUUUGUCCUUGUCUUUGCAGUCAAGGCAAGUGAAUAUAAUGACCCUACCUUUAUCCCUUUAUCCUUAAAACCAACUUUUGAUGUUUUCAAAUCGGAUGAUUGUCCUCCUUGUUUCAACUGUAUGUUGCCAGGCUUUGAGUGUCUUCAUUUCGCAAACUGUUCUGAAUAUGACGGCAAGUGUAAUUGUCCGCCAGGUUUUGGAGGUGAUGACUGCAAACAACCACUAUGCGGGGCUUUACCCGAUGGCCACAAUAGAUCUCCUCGAGAGAACGAUCACUGCGACUGCCCUGAAGGUUGGGAAGGCAUUAACUGCAACGUUUGUAAGACCGACGAUGUGUGUAAUUCAUUGGUGCCUACCGGACAAAACGGUACUUGUUAUCGCGAUGGUGUCACCGUAUUCGAAAAUUAUCAAAUGUGCAAUGUAACAAUAAUCUUAUAGACCGAAAAAUCCUUGAUCAGUUGAAAACACAAAUUCCACAAGUGACCUUUUCUUGUAACCGACAUCAAGAGACAUGUGACUUCCAAUUUUGGGUAGAUGAAGUAGAAUCGUUUUAUUGCCAUUUCAGUACAUGUGGAUUUGAACAACACGCGGAUUAUAACGGGAAAA